AUGCCUCGAGCACUUCGCGCUCGAGCCGGCGCGGCUGGCGAUAUCUCUGCAGACGUCGCGCGCACGGGGCAUCACAGCGGCAUGGAAGCGCCGGCCGGCAUCGCGAUGCAGACGCCGCAGGGCAUUAGCCCAACGAUGAUGCCGGCAGCGGCGAUGGCCACGCCAGAUUCGGACAUGAAGGUGCUCGUGGACAUGGCCGUCGCCUCCGGCAACCAGGCGGCAGUGGACGCCCUGAUGCGGCAGGCGCAGUCGCAGGGCAUCGCGCCCGAGCACUUCAGCGCGAUGGUCGAGGCGGCCCGGUCGCCGCAGGCAAACUCCUGA